AUGUGGAGGACCAGUGGUGUGUCAGAGACGGUGAGGAAGAUGGGUAACGCCAUGCGAGGUGUCAUCGCCUUCAUUCCCUCAGAGCGUUGUCAGCGUUUCUUAGUGGGGGACAUGAAGGAGAUGCCUCUUGAUCGGACCUUGGACCUUAGCAGCAGGCAGUUGCGUCGACUACCUGUUGCUAUCUGUGUCUUUGAUGAGCUGGUGAAGCUCUACCUGAGUGACAACAACCUCAGCACUUUACCUGCUGAGCUGCAAGGCCUGAGGAAGCUGCAGCUGCUGGCACUUGACUUUAACUGCUUUGAGGAGCUCCCUGCAGCUGUUUGCAGAUUGCGCCAGCUCAGCAUCCUUUACUUGGGUAACAACAGGCUUUACCACCUCCCCAAAGAACUGAAAGAUCUCAAGGAACUUAGUACUCUGUGGCUGGAGACUAAUUGCUUCACUGUUUUCCCUAAAGUGGUUUGUGAGCUCCCUAAUCUCAAGACCCUGCACCUCGGUUAUAACCAGAUACGGAGUUUACCGAAAGAACUUAGACGGCUGGAAGAGCUAAGAAGUAUCUGGCUUGCUGGGAACCAGCUGGCAGAGUUCCCACCAGUGUUGCUGGAAAUGCACUUUCUAGCUGUCAUUGAUGUGGAUCGGAACAAAAUACGCCACUUCCCAGGCCUGUCGCACAUGCAGGGGUUGAAACUUGUCAUUUAUGACCACAACCCCUGUGUUAACGCCCCGGCGGUAGGCGACGGAGUCAGAAGGGUCGGACGCUGGGCGGAUAGCUCAGAUGAGGAGCAGGAAGAUGAUGGGUCAAAAGCAGCCGGUGAGACUACAGCCGAGGUCACGGAAGUACAACUUGAGGAGGAGCACAACGCUUAGGGUCAAGGAACAGUAUGACCUUUAGCUGUGGCGAGGUCUGACAGCACAGGAUGACAUUCAAGUGGAACACUCACAGUGGAGUGGUGUGGUGUGUUGUACAUCAGGUUGAUGGU